AUGCAGGAGAACCGCCUGCGGGCGAAAGCGCGCAUUCAGCAGCAAGCAGCGGCGAUGAACCCCUCCGCUCGGCUGAAUGCGCUGGGAAAGCGUCCCGUGGGCCCCCUGUCGAUGGAGACGCCUCCCGACAAGGGGGAGGGCACCUCGAGCGCUCAGCUGCUGGGACCCAAUGGCAACCUCCAAGGCGUGCCAACGACGACGCGGAAUGCCAAUCUCGACCUCAAUUCGACCAAGGUGUCUCCGCUGAAGAGGGGCCAGUCGGCGACCGGCGGCGCACACGGAAGCACCAUGGCCAACUCGGGCGCCAUUGACGACCCAAAUGUGCCGCUGCCCCGUGACAAGUCGCUGGGAAACUACAUUGAGUUUGAUCUGUCGAAGCUGCACAACAGCAAGGGUGGCUUCCUCGUCGACGAGGACGAGAGCGCAGCGGGUGGCGGGAAUAAGGGCAAGUCCGAAGACGAAAUUCGCGCCGAGCGCGAGAGGCAGCGCGAGCGGCUCCAGCAGACGAUGGAUCCCGGUGUCAAUUUGUCGGAGAGGGCCAUGUGCAGGGAAUGCGGGAGCAGGGACAUAGACGAGCAGAUCAGGACUGUGUUUGCCAUCCUCGUCUGCCGAAGCUGCCAGAGGAAGCUGCCGGAAAAGUACAGCCUCCUGACAAAGACCGAGGUCCGGGAAGACUACCUUUUGACAGACGCGGAGCUGCGAGACGCGGAGCUGCUGCCGCACCUUCUCAAAGCCAACCCACACAAGUCAACGUACAGCAACAUGAUGCUCUACCUCCGCUGCCAGGUCGAGUCGUAUGCCUUUUCGCCUGCGCGGUGGGGAUCCGAGGACGGGCUCGACGCAGAAUUCGCGCGGCGGGAGGAGGAAAAAGCUAAGCGGCGGGAGGGCAAAUUCCUCAAGGGCCUCAGCGAGCUGCGCAAGAGGACGCGGGACAAUGUGUGGGAGAAGCGGCAGGCCGAGAAGCACGUCUGCCAGUUCGAGGACGUCGAGGACACGGUGGGCAAGCAGCGGUGCAGCCAGUGUGGCUUUGAGAUCGACGUCGAUGUGUACUGA